AUGUCGCCUGCCAUGCCGACGGACGUCUACCGUGACGAACGCCCUGGGUUCCGUGUCACCUACAGGACGGGUGGCCAACUCCUCAACCACCGGCGAAUGCACUUCCAAUCAUGCGUAUCUAUAACAACCGUCCAUGAACUUCUCUUCGCUGACGAUUGCGCCCUCAGCGCCGUCUCGGAAGAAGACAUGCAAAGCAGCAUGGACCUCUUCGCCUACGCCUACGACAACUUCGGCCUGGUCAUAAACAAGGAGAAAACGGUGGUCAUGCAUCAACCGCCACCCGACGCUGCCUACUUCUCACCCCAACUCAACGUGAACGGCGUUCAAAUGCAAGUCGUGGACUACUUCAUCUACCUGGGCAGCACCCUCUUCCGCACCACCACCAUCGAAGACAAAGUGGCCAGCCGGAUCUCCAAAGCCAACCAAGGCUUCGGCCGUUUGAAAGCACAGUCUGGAACCGCCACGGUCUCCACUUCAGCACCAAACUGA